UUUCUCCGCAUCCGCCCAGCGUCGCUCCUUUCCGGUCUGGACGCCAUUAGAGAAAGCAGAGAUGGCUAUUAGGUAUCCUAUGGCGGUGGGCCUUAAUAAAGGCCACCCGGUGACCAAGAACGUAUCCAAGCCCCGCCACAGCCGCAGGAGAGGGCGUUUGACCAAGCACAGUAAAUUUGUGCGUGAUAUGAUCCGCGAGGUGUGUGGCUUCGCCCCCUACGAGCGCCGUGCUAUGGAGUUGCUGAAGGUCUCCAAAGACAAGCGUGCCCUCAAGUUCAUUAAGAAAAGGGUGGGAACUCACAUUCGCGCCAAGAGAAAGAGGGAAGAGCUCAGCACCAUCCUGGCUGCAAUGAGAAAGGCUGCUGCCAAGAAGGAGUAACCUGUAUUAUUGGACAAAUAAAUUUGUAUUUGAAAAAUAUAA